UUUAUCAGCGCUCUUUAUUCAAGAACUUAUUUUCCUUCCUUAAUUUUUGCCCAUUCUCUCUCGCUCGUAUCUUUUGCUUUGCGUUCACAGGGAGAAGCAUAAACUAUAAGGCCGGAUUUGGUGUUCGCAGUGAGGGGAAAACCCAUGUACUGAUUUGCAGCAAAUUCUUAAUUUUUCUUCGUUUUAUUGACGAGAUUUUGAAGAAAAUGGAAGCAAAUUGGGAAAGCAAUGCAAAGGGAAGCAGUGGUGUGAGGAAGAUAAUGUCGCCAUGCGACGUCGAGGCGCUAAAGAAGUGUUUGGAGGAAAAUAAAGGAGAUCAGACAAAAUGCCAAUCACAAAUUGAAGCUUUCAGAGUCUCAUGCUCUAUUAAGAAGCCGAACGCAUCAUCGGAUUCAGCUCGAUAAUUUCUACCUUGAAGUUUUAUUGAGUUUUAGCUACUAAUUUUGCCUGUAAUUCUCCUUGUUUAUGUAGAUUUUGGAAAUUGUUUGUUUGGCAGAUAUUUAGUUUAUGGAGGUAGGUGUUUUGGGACUUGUUUGGUUUGAGGAUUCGAACAACAGGAUUUAAAAUCUAUUAAUUUGUUUGGAGAGGUUUGAAAUAUUAUCAUUGGAGAUAUUAAAUUGUACCCCUUUUGAGCUUUAAAGAAAGCAUAUUUAAGUUUGUGAUAUUUUUCUUGGUUUGGAGUGUAAUUGCUUUUUGUUUAACAGAAAAUUCUCAUGGCUCUUGAUUAUAGUACGUGUAUCUAACAGGAUACUGGCUGUACAGACAGAUGGUGCUUGAUGAAGCUUAGAUAAGGGUCACACUUUCUAUGAAAAUUCUCUGAAGUUUGAUAUUUAUAAUGCUGAGUAUGGGUGAAUGAAAUAUGGUGUUUGGGCUUUGUGAGUUUCUAUGCUCGGAAUUGGUGUUGAUCAUUAUAGCAGACAUCUGUCUGUAACUACUGGAUUUAAUGUCUUCAAGCAGUGCAUUCCGUUUCUUGCCAUGGGCUUUGUGCAAAUGUCUUUAGCCUUGACAUUGCAGAUUGGACCUUGUCGUCUUCUCAACUCUUCCAAGAAUUGCAAGAACUCAAGCUCGACAUGAGGAAACCCUGUAGUUGAAACUUGAUAACUGCUCCCACUGAAGAUCUAUGAAUCUUAAGGUCCAAAGAGAUAUUUGGACGACGUUCAUCCUUGGAUAGGUAUAUCUUUUAGACCAUCUUCCAGAUGCAACUUAUUGCAGGUCUUUCAUUUGUUAUCAGGCAAAGCUUGUAUAAACUCUCUUCUCUAAACAGAUUGUUGUGUUUGACUGAGAUUUUGCACUCCUGUCAUGCUUAUCUUUAUCUCGUCGUAUCAUCACAAUUCACUAACUAUUUUUCAAAUGAAUCUACAGCAUUAGUGAUUAAUGCAAUCAUGAUGAAAAAAAAGGUAUUGAAAUAAGAUAUAUGCGGAAUGUUGGAUCCACCAGGAAUAGACAGGAAACAAUCUAAUAAGAACUUAGUGAAAAUUGUAAACUACAGAUAAAAAAAAAUAAGAAGAAAAUAGCAGAUGCUGAUGAUCAUUGAACAUUAUUAGAUGCUCUCUGCGUCCAAAGGACAGAAAAUGAUAGGUUUUAGUUCUUUAUUAUUAAAGCAAUAGGUCUCUUGCUGGUGGGAAGAACAUUAUUGCUUUCUUAGUUUAUGGAGUAGAAAGAUGGAACCAGGGACUCUUCUUCUUAACCCCCAGCUGAAGGAAGCAUAUUUUACUAUGUGAGAGCCUAGUUUACACUACAAAACUUCACCUGUUGGCAUUAAAAAAUCACUCCAGGUCAAAACUUCCAGCUGAAGAAUCUAAGCUCAAGGGCCUAAGCAUAACAGGUUUGACAAAGCAUAAAUUACCAGCACAGCUCCAUCAUUCUUGCCCCCUGUCCCCCCACUUCCUCAUAAUUACCAGUUUCCUCUUCAUUGACCUUAGCCUGAUAAAAUAAGUAUUUGAAGCCAAAAUGCAGUGCCAAACCAUUAGAUUGUCAAGUUCUGUCUCUUAUAUUGACUGAAUAUGCAUGUAAAUCGUGCCUUGUGCAUAUGUCUAAAGGUUUCUUUCCUGCGUGAUAUUGUUAGAAGCUUGUUUCUUGGAAUAUUGACCAGCAAGCAAUGUUCAUCACUUGUCUGAAGGUUUACUGUUUCUGCAUGAACUUGAACUUCUAGAUGAAUAUUCAAAUAUGGUGCUCUAAGGUUUGGUAUUAAAUGAUAAUUAUUGAUCCGGCCUUCUAUUUAAGACUAUGACCCCAACCAGAUAGAUAGAACUGACUCAUUCUCACAUUUGUUCAUUAUGUCCAUAAAACUUCCUAAUUUUGACAUUUUGCAGCCCUUUAACUCAUCCUCUCUCUCUUCGCUUUCUCUGGCCUGUCGAGAAUGGGGCUUUUUUCGCAUAACCAACCAUGGAAUUUCCAAAGAAUUAUGCAGGAAACUACAUUCUUUCUCUAGCCAGAUAUUUAACCUUCCUCCAGAGGUGAAAAUCAAAGCUGGUCCUCUAUCAGAUGUAAAAACAUAUACUCCUCAUUUCAUUGCCUCGCCGUUCUAUGAGAGUCUACGGGUAUCUGGACCUGACUUCUUUGCUUCAGCACAAAGUUCUUCCAAAGCCCUACUAAAUCACUCAAACUGUGAGUUCAGUGAGAUAUUAGAAGAGUACGGGAGCAUAAUGACAAACUUGGCAAAAGUCAUCCUUGAAGUUGUAAUCAAGUGCCUGGGGCCUGAUCUUGGGACGAAGUUCGAAUCAGAGUUUGAGAAUUGUCAUGGCUAUUUGAGAAUAAACAACUACACUCCACCUGAGUGCACUGAAGAACAAGAAAUUGAAGGGCUAGGCAUGCACACAGAUAUGAGCUGCAUAACCAUAGUGUAUCAAGAUGACAUUGGUGGGCUCCAAGUGAGGUCUAAGGAAGGGCAGUGGAUGGACAUAAAUCCACAUGAAAACACACUCAUCGUGAACAUUGGUGACUUGAUGCAGGCAUGGAGCAAUGGAAAGUUCAGGUCGUCUGAGCACAGAGUUCUCUUAAGGAAAAAGGUGAAUCGAUUCUCUGUUGCUUUCUUCUGGUGCUUUGAAGAUGACAAGGUGAUAUGUGCUCCUAAAGAAGUUGUGGGAGAAGGGAAUUUGAGGCUUUAUAAGCCUUUUGCUUGUGCAGAUUAUGUGAAAUUCAGAGAGAACAACGAGAAAGGGAAGUUUGAGAAAGUUGGCUUCACUGUUAAACAUUUUGCUGGGACUGAGAUGUGAUGGUUUUCUCUUUUCUUCCUUUUGUUUGUCCUCCAUUUCAACAUUAUGGUGCAUAAUUUAUUUUUCCAUUCAUUUUGGUGGUUCCCUCAGCUGCAACAGAGAGGUUACUGAAAAAAAAAAAAAACAGAGAAAGGUCUGUUAACUGAAUACUAAAAGGAGUCUUCCUGAGGGCUGCUUCCCAUUUUCUUGUUCAUUCACAUUUCAAGAGUUUGA